UGUCUCUUCCGCCAGCUGAAGUUGGUGCCGCAUGUGCGGCUGUGGGGGGCUGCGCUGGGGCUGGGGGCGCUGUGCCCCCAGCCCCAUGCUCCUCUUGAGUCUACUUCUGUCUUCAGCCCCGUUCGGCCUGCUUGGGGAGGAGACCCGCCAGGUGUCUCUUGAGGUCAUCCCUGACCAGUCGGGCCCCACUGGGAACCUGCUUCAUAUCCGGGCGGUAGGCGCCAACUCCACACUGCACUAUGUGUGGAGCAGCCUGGGCCCUCCCGCCGUGCUGCUGGUGGCCACCAACACCCCCCACAGCGUCCUGAGCGUCAACUGGAGCCUCCUACUGUCCCCCGAGCCCGACGGUGGCCUGAUGGUGCUCCCCAGGGGCAGCGUCCAGUUUUCUUCUGGCCUCGUCUUUACCAGGCUGCUUGAGUUUGACAGCACCAAUGUGUCUGAUGCGGCAGCAGAGCCCCCGGGAAGACCCUAUCCUCCAUACCCCUUGGCCGAGUUCUCCUGGAACAACAUCACGGACACGCUGGAUCUUGCCACCCUGAGUGCUACAUUUCAAGGCCACCCCACACGGGACCCUACCAAGGCCUUCGCCAAUGGCAGUCUGGCCUUCAGGGUCCAGGCCUUCUCUAGAUCUGGCCGGCCCGCCCGCCCGCCUCGCCUCCUGCACACUGCGGACACCUGCCAGCUAGAGGUGUCUCUGGCUGGGGCCUCUUCCCGGGGAAACCGGUCCCUGUUUGGGCUGGAGGUAGCCACCGUGGGGCAGGGCCUCGACUGCCCCUCAGUGCAGGAGCAACAUUCCAUCGACGAUGAAUAUGCACCUGCUGUCUUCCAGCUGGACCAGCUGCUGUGGGGCUCUGUCCCAUCAGGCUUCGUGCAGUGGCGACCAGUGGCUUUCUCCCAGAAGCAGGGGGGCCGAGACUCCUCCCUGCCCUGCCAAUCUUCCCCUCUUCACCCCACCUUGGCAUACUCUCUCCCCGAGUCACCCAUUGUCCGAGCUUUCUUUGGGUCCCAGAACAACCUCUGUGCCUUCAAUCUGACCUUUGGGGCUUCCACUGGCCCUGGCUACUGGGACCAAAACUACCUCAGCUGGUCGAUGCUCCUGGGCGUGGGCGCCCCUCCAGUGGAUACCUUGUCCCCGCUCGUCCUGGGCAUCAUGGCAGUGGCCCUGGGCGCGCCAGGGCUCAUGCUGCUGGGGGGAGUCCUGGUUCUGCUGCUGCGCCACAAGCGGUCCUCAGAGUACCAGUCCAUAAACUGAAGCCCUCUCUCCUCUCUGUGGGGGGACGUCACUGAGCUGCUCCGCUGUGCCUCGCGCCUCUGGAGCAGAAGUCUCCGUCUCCCACCUGGCCCUUCCCUCGUCCAUCUCGCUUUCUGCAAAGCCUCAGAGACCAGCCUUCGCCCACCCCAGUGGCUACCGUCACACCUUGGGCCAGGGUCAGGGCCAGGGUGGCUGCUGAGGGGAAGUGGCCCCCAUGCCUCCCAGAUGGGACUCACAGGCCUAGGUGAGAGGCCUGCUGGCUGUUUGGCUGCCCUGGAAGGCACGAAAUAGACUUCUUUUUCCACAAC